AUGUUCGCGCGAGGUCGCCAUGGCUGUGGAUCCCUCCCGAGGCUGCUCCUGGUGCUCCUGUCGCUGCUGAUGGCGGCCCGCGUGCAGCCCUCGCCCUUCGCCGAGUACGAGGGACUGCCCUUCGCCUCCUCCUUCGAGUCCCACUUCGUUCCGAAGGCCCCGUCGCCGGCCGCCCCUCCAUCGGCCGCUUCUUCGUCGUCGUCCUCCUCCUCCUCUUCGUCGGUCGCGCGCGCACGCUCGCGGUCGUUCCCGACUCGCCACGACGCGGACGCCAGGAUGAAUGUCGUGUAUGAGGCCAGCGACUACGACGAGCAGGCGGCGGCGGCGGCGGCGGCGGUGGAGGCGGCGGUCGAGGUUCUGCAGGAGUACGACUUUCCGAAGGCGAAGUCGCUCGAGGCCGCCGGCUCCUCCAACUACAGUCCCUCGCAGAAGGCGUCCCUCGACAGUACCAAAAACCUGCAGCAGAUCCUGCGCUCCUUCCCGCUGGUGGUGGGCGGCCACGUGCCUCCCCCGUCCUCCAGCAGCCCCUACGACGUGUGGAGGAGCUUCCAGGAGGGCGUGGAGGGGGACCAUCGACCCCUCAGCGGCGGCAGCGGGGGCGGGGCAGGCGCGGGGGGCGUCCCUCAGGCCCGCCUCCCGGAACUGCCCUUCGGCGAACCCAGACCCAAGAGAGUUAUAGUCAAGCUUCCACUUGGUGUAGAGAGACUCGGUAAAGAGACAGCCGGCCCAGAUGCCCGUCGAUCCAGUGAAGGACCAGGAACUCGUCAGGAUCUAGAGGAAGGGCGCAGCCGUCCUGGACACCCCUAG